AUGGCUGUCAAAGUCGACCAAUUGCUCAAGAAGGACGCAAAUCACAAUCAGGACCUCUCAAUCACCAAGAAUCAUAUCCGGUGCUUUUGUCACAAGCUAGCCCUCAUCCUCAAUGCCGGCCUCAAAGCAAUCUCAGUACCCCGACGUGAUCAAAUACCCACUGGCCCCGUGUUGCGUUUUGUCCCCGGGGCGUUGAUAAACGCAAGCCAGCCCCCCUGGCGCACGCCAAACCGCAUGCCAGGUGCGGAUUGGCGUGCACGCCUGCACGCCAAAGAAAAUCGGUGUGUGGGCCCGCACGCCAAUCUACAGAAUGUAGACCGGCGUGCAGGCGUGCACGCCAAUCUACAGAAUGUAGACCGGCGUGCAGGCCUGCACGCCGAGAAUUUUGCCGCCGUCCCAUAG